AUGACUGGGCCACGGUCUGUGAGCGCCAGCACCCUUGUUCCUUCUGACUGGGAUGUUUACGUUGGAAUUUCGAGAUCUCGAAAAAGAAACGUGGGAGUUUCGUUGGUGGGCUGCAAACACGCUGCCUGCCGUCGGAUGCAGCCCACGAACGCCACGCUGGGACGUUCCCUCUGCAGCCCAGGCUCGCUCCCCCGCAGUUCAAGUUUUUGGCCUUUGGGACGCAACAAUGCUAUUCCGCCAAACCUUAGCCCUGAUGAUAUAGCAUACAUCUUUGCUGGAUAUGCACCUCUUAGUAUUCGCCUUGUUCAGCAUGCAGUGAGGUCUGGAUGGCGAUCUAUUGAAGAACUGUUGAAAUUAUUGCCAGGUCCUCAUAUGGAUUUGAAAAGAGGUGUCUCGACCAUUAAUUCAUCAGAAUUACUACCAGGUUCCGGGUCACAACAGAGUACCGACAGGGUUGGUCAUCGCUCCCUGGUUCUGGUUAUAUUUAUUGGCGGUGUAACAUCUGCUGAGAUUGCUGCGCUUCGAUUUCUUAGUGCACAGGAAGGAAUGGGCUAUGACUUCCUGGUUGCAACAACAAAGGUUAUCACUGGCAACACAUUACUGAGACCAAUUAUAGCCAGCAGCAAAGAGGGAAUGAUUUAGUUGUCUUUUCUGUGCACACCCCUUUUUCGAUUGUA